GCUUGAAGAGUUGUUUUACUUGUUCUAGCUAUUCGAUAUUUGAGUUUAAGUGUAAAUGGCAUUUGCUUGUACAAGUUUAAAAUAAAGGAAUAUAUAACUACGGUCUUUAGUACGCCUCCGAUGAUUGUUGUUAUUAUGAAUUUGUUCAUUUAUUGACAAAUCAAGAGUGGAUCAGACAAUAAAUUAUUUUUUAGAGUUUUCUGUCGAAUGUUUAUUUGUUUUUAAGUUUACGACUCUUUUUUUGUUUGGAUCACAAUUUUUCGAAGAAUGCCAGCUUACCAUUCGCAACUUUCAAGUCCUCAAAAAAUCGGGAACAUGGCAUUACUGCCACUCAAAACUAGUUACAAAGGUCCAGCUCCAAAAAUGGUUGCAGAGGGGGAUGCUAUGGACAUCAUCGAUGAGGCGUUAUAUUAUUACAAGGCCAACGUUUUUUUCAGGAACUACGAAAUCAAAUCCGAAGCCGAUCGUGCCUUGAUAUACGUGACACUAUACAUUAGCGAUUGCUUGAAAAAGUUGCAAAAGUGCGCUAACCGGGCAGCGGCAACGAAAGAAUUGAACACGCUGGCCUUAUCCAGCUAUCCACUGCCUGGUGAAGUGGGUUUUCCUCUGUCUUCCAUGUAUGCGAAACCGAAAGAUCGAGCAGAAGAAGAUAACAUGCGAGCCUACUUUCAACAACUCAGACAAGAAACUGGAAUGCGAUUACUGGAGAAAGCGAUUGAUCCUGCAACGGAUAAGCCCAGCAAGUGGUGGCUGUGUUUUGCAAAAAGGAAAUUUAUGGAUAAAAGUAUGCAAGUGCCUGGUCAGUAAAGUGUUCCUCCACAACUCCUGUUUCCCACCAGCGUUUCGAAAGCUGAUCAUUUAGCGGUUUUUUUCUAAUACGUGUUGUUGUUUUCUGAUAUAUGUUGCCAGAAGCUAUAUCGUAUCACUCGUAUGUCCCAUGUUGUUCACGAGUGCCUACGAUUGUUUUGGCGUUUGAAAUUUCGAUAAAAUGUGAAAAUGGGCUUUUAUAAGUUUUGCAAGCCAUAUCAAGGGACCCACAAACGUCGGCAUUAGGAGAAGCCGUAAUAAGCAGCUUUUAAUGAACAUGUUUCCUUUUAAAAGUUCCGAAAGUAGACCUACGA